UCCUCGUCGCGGCGGGACGGGGUGGCCGCUCCUGGCGCUUCGCUCCGGCCUCGGGCCGCCCCUCGGACCCUGAGGUGGGUGCUGCUCCCUGCGGACCCUGCGGCUUUCCCCUAUGCGCUGUAGCUCUCCUCCUUUUUGGACUCGCCCUGCGGUGUGAGGCGCGUCGCCCUCAGGGCCGCGCCGGCUGCUGACCCCCCUCAACCCCUCAGGUUUAUUCUCUUCGGCCGCCGCCGCCCCUCAGGGGCUCCUGCCCACCAUGAGCUACGGCCGCCCGCCGCCCGACGUGGAGGGCAUGACGUCCCUCAAGGUGGACAACCUGACCUACCGCACCUCCCCGGACACCCUCCGGAGAGUCUUUGAGAAGUACGGCCGCGUGGGCGACGUCUACAUCCCCCGGGACCGCUACACCAAGGAGAGCCGCGGCUUCGCCUUCGUGCGCUUCCACGACAAGCGGGACGCGGAGGACGCGAUGGACGCGAUGGACGGGGCGGUGCUGGACGGCCGGGAGCUCCGCGUGCAGAUGGCCCGCUACGGCCGCCCGCCCGACUCGCACCACAGCCGCCGCGGGCCGCCGCCCCGCCGGUACAGCAGCAGCGGCUACGGCCGCCGCAGCCGCAGCCCUAGAAGACGCCGUCGCAGCCGAUCUAGAAGCAGGAGCCGCUCUAGGUCCCGCAGUCGGUCCCGCUACAGUCGAUCGAAAUCCCGGUCUCGCACACGCUCUCGGUCUCGCUCCACCUCCAAGUCCAGGUCUGCCAGGAGAUCCAAGUCAAAGUCCUCAUCUGUCUCCAGAUCCCGGUCCAGGUCGAGAUCCCGGUCCAGAUCUAGAAGCCCUCCCCCUGCCUCAAAGAGAGAAUCCAACUCUAGAUCCAGGUCUAAGAGCCCUCCCAAGUCUCCGGAAGAAGAAGGAGCUGUAUCCUCCUAGGAACAUGGUAAUGUACCUCGGGAUCAGCACAGGAUGCAUGUUACUUUAUUAGAGCACUUAGGUGGGGUGUUGGGUAGUUCUUGGAACAUUAAUAGCCUGAACCAAGUGAAUCCUAGUGGGGCACAUUGUUACUUGUUGGUUUUGGUUUUUUUUUUCUUGAGCAGUGCUUUUUGGUUAUUGAUUUAGGGAAAUAAUUACUGAAGGGUUUUUUGCGGAGAAUUUUUUUUUUAACAGAGAAAAUGUUUUAUUGCAAGAUUAAUGCCUUGGUUUUAAUAAAAUAUUGUAUGAGACGCAACCUAUGAUGAAAAUGACUAUUUCUUACUGUAUUUAUCCAACAUCUGCAUUUUCCCCUUUAAAGCUGCGGUCUCCUGUUUGCUAAAAGAAUAUUGGCCAGUAUUGCAGAUUUUAACUGAUUUGGCUGAUCCUCCAGGGACCAGUUUCUGUGGGCGUGUGUUGGAGCAGGUUUGUCUUACACUGUUAAAGAUACACUAUCCUUUUAGAACGGAAGAUCGGUUCAGUGGCCGUUGUACUGACUGGAGGUAAUAACUGUCCUAGAAAAGUGGCAAAUUCCUUGCAAGAGAAAACCACGGAAACUAGUUUUUCCUCAAGUCUACAUCUUGAAGAGGCAUCUAAGGAUACACCGGGUGGGGAAAGGAUAGUGUGUCUUUAACCUUUCAAACUGUUUGGUCCUGUUUUUUAAAAGGAAAGGGCCUGAGCUAGCUCUGAAGUUAGGUAAUUGUAGCAAAAUUAGUCACAUUUUCGGUUUUGAAUGCUAAUUAGAGUUUAGUUAAGUCUUUAUGAAGAAGUAUUAGUUUUGUAACUUUUAUAGAACUUGGAAUAAUUUGAGUGUUGAACAGGCUGAAUUGAAGUUAAUGGUGGCUUGAUCUACAGCCUGGUGUUUAUUCUCCUUUGUAACUAAACUAUUUUGACCGAACCCUACAUUUGGCCUCUGAAGUAAAGCAACUUCAAAAAGAGGGGGGAGGUGGAAGACUGUGGAAAUUCCUAAAACUUAAUUAAAUUAGGCAAAGCCAGUUGAAACACAACUAGAAGUAUCCCUGAAGUCAUCCACACCCAAAAUAGACAAGGUAGAAACCUGGCUGAACUUUCCUCUCUUCAAACCUAGAUGCUUCAGCUAAAUGAGAACCCACAUAAAGGACGCCUUUGGGGGGAAAAGAUCGCUUGAGUCUUCAGCCCAUUGGAGAGACCCUGGCCGAGCAACCAGCUGUUGAAAAGGUUAUUUUGUAACAUUUUGUCUAACUUUUUACUUGUUUAAGUUGCGCCUCAAGUGGCAGAUUUUACAUUUUAUGUGCCAUUUUGUUGCUGUUAUUCAAAUUUCUUGUAAUUUAGUGAAGUGAACGACUACCGAUUUCAUUAUUGGCUUGGAUAUUUGAGGUAAAACUUCAUUUUUGUUUAUAUAGUGCUGACUUCUAUUGGAAAUAAGAACUAAUGGUAACUUGCUGCCUCCAGUUUCAUACUGAGGAAUCAUGCAGCCAUUAUAUGCUGAUAGCUAACUGUCAAAAAGUAUUCUCAAUUUUGUCUUGAUUCCUUAAAUAAAAUUCUGCAAAACUUCAACUUGAAACUUACUGUAAAUGCUUUUUUUUUAAAGAAAGAACAACUUUGACUUAAAAUAGCAUCUUCAAAUUCAAAUUGGUAGAAAUCUUUUCAGGUGACAGUUGAUAUUUGCAAGGAUUGUUUUACCAGACUCAAUUCUAAUCUCUUCUCUUAUGUAUUUUUGUGCACUAGGCGCAGUUGUGUAGCAGUUGAGUAAUGCUGGUUAGCUGUUAAGGUGGCGUGUUGCAGUGCAGAGUGCUUGGCUGUUUCCUGUUGUCUCCUGAUUGCUCCUGUGUAACGAUGCCUUGUCGUGCAGAAACAAAUGGCUGUCCAGUUAAUUAAAAUGCCUGACAACUGCACUUCCAGUCACCCGGGCCUUGCGUAAAAAAAAUGGAGCAUACAGUGAGCACAUCUAGCUGAUGAUAUACACACCUUAUUUUUUCCAGAAUGGUAAAACUUACCAACCUACAUUUAUGAACUUAUAUAUGAGAAUUGUAAUGUUAAGCAAAGAAAUGGUUCAUUCCUUUGUAAGUACUGAUUGGUGUAUCUUUUGCUUAAGACAUUCUGUACUAUACCCACUGUCUCUGUAGUUAAUAUUAAACAUUUUUUCUGUGUUAACUUUUCUCAA